ACUGUUAGGUACGUACCCAUUUCCAGAAUUAAAAUUAAAAUUUUAAAAAGAUAGGGGAAAAAAAAAAGAACUAUGAUCGUGAGCUUUGUGUCCGUAUCGAUCCCGAAACUCUUUGACGGUCAUCAAUUCACGAGGCGACAACGGCUACCCAUUACUGUGUUCAUUUAUAGGACGCAUGUUUGACAGUACUCUGGGGAUGAAAGAAAGGAACACUAGUAACACCCUCAAGCGAAUUUUAGUGAAUUGUGCUGCCCAGGCAAAAGACUAUGGACGCUGUGUUGCGGUCAAGGUUCCAAAAGUUGAGCAUGAUAUGUGUUUGAAAGAAUUUCUUGCACUAAAUAGUUGCAUGCAGAAAACGCUGCAAGGAAAGGUUUGACUGUGUGAUCUGUUCUCUUCGUUUUUUAUUAAAGACCGCCAGCACCAUGUGUAAAGUAUGGAACCAGGAAGCCUGCAGAAAAGAGGUGUUUCAUUCAUCUAUUUCGAAAGAGAUAUGUACUUAGAGUAUAUAAUAUCAGUUAUUUAAGACUGUUCGCACAAAUACUUGCCAUUCUCUUCCGCCUUGUCAAGGUCAAAAGGUGACCAGGAGAGAUGUCUGGGAAAGCAUCAAGUUCACAGCCUAGUGUCCAUUUGAGUGGAUCUGGUGGUCUGUCACAUGUUUAUAUUCAAUAUCCACCCUUACGAUGCAACAUUUCUGGAUCAAGGGGUUUAUUCUAUGAUGAUGGAAAUAAGUUACUACACUCCCCAACAUCUGAUCGGGUCUUCUCAUGGAAAACUGUUCCCUUUUCUCCUCUUGCUGACCCUAUUUCUGAUUUGAUAAGUGAGGGGCCCAUCUUAUCUAUACGGUAUUCUUUAGAUGCGAAGUUUAUAGCAGUCCAGCGGUCUAAUCAUGAUAUACAGUUUUGGCAUAGAGAAACUGGGGAAACUUUUAGCCAGAGGUGCAGAUCAGAGUCUGAGAGUAUUCUGGGGUUUUUCUGGACAGACUGUCCAUUAUGUGAUAUUGUAUUUGUAAAGACCAGUGGGCUGGACUUCUUUGCAUACAAUUCUGAGUCGAAGUUGCUUCAUUUGGUGGAGACAAGGAAAUUGAACGUUAGUUGGUAUGUUUACACGCAUGAAAGUCGUUUGGUUCUACUUGCAUCUGGAAUGCAGUGCAAGACCUUCAACGGAUUUCAGCUUUCAUCCGUGGGGAUUAUUCGUUUACCAAGGUUUGAGAUAGCAAUGGCUAAACCUGAAGCUGACAGUAAGCCCGUCCUAGCUGCUGAAGAUAUCUUUAUCGUCACUGUUUAUGGUAGAAUAUACUGCGUGCACGUUGAUAGAGUUGCAAUGCUCCUCCACUUGUAUAGGUUUUACCGUGAUGCUGUUGUACAGCAGGGUUCUUUACCUAUUUAUUCAAGCAGGAUUUCUGUGAGUGUGGUUGAUAAUGUACUGCUUGUUCACCAAGUUGAUGCAAAGGUCGUUAUACUGUAUGACAUAUUUGCAGAUUCUCAGGCACCCAUAUCUGCCCCACUUCCUCUAUUAUUGAGGGGUCUCUGCAGAUAUAAUUCUUCUGCUUCUCGAUCUGGUAGGGAAGAUAGCGAAUGUUCAGAAGCUAAUAUUGUAAGUGAAAAUGAAGCCACCAUCUAUGGAGAUGACUGGACUUUCCUUGUUCCCGACCUCGUAUGUGAUGCCGCAAACAAGAUUCUGUGGAAGAUUCAUUUAGAUUUGGAGGCAAUUUCUGCCAGCAGCUCAGAAAUGCCUUCAGUACUAGAAUUCUUGCAGCGGCGGAAGUUGGAAGCCAAUAAGGCUAAGCAAUUGUGUUUGGCAAUGGCACGCACUGUUAUUCUAGAACGCAGACCUGUGGCAAUGGUUGCCAGGGCUAUGGAUGUUUUAGUUACCUCUUACUCCCACUCUAUCAAAAUGGGAAGCUAUCUCAAGGGAAUAAAAUCUGAGAAGGCAUUACCUUCUACUGUCACACAUGUUAGUAGUCCUAGUUCUGCGGCUGACACAACUGCCAGUAGGAUAGGUGUACUUGGGAAGUCUGCUAAACAUGAAUCUGCUGCUAGUGCAGACAGUGAGCAUUUUAAUAGAACUUCAACUUUUCCAACUUCAGACGCCGAGGAGAAUGCCAGCUUUGAACCACCAAAGACCAAUUCAAGUGAUAUGCAGUCUGUCGACAGUAGAGUGGACGUGGGUGCUAAUGUUCAGACAUCAUCUUCCCAACAUCAUCUUCUUGGAGCAAGGAACACCCCACUGGAUGCUAACAUUUCCGAGCAGCAGGAGGAGCUUAAUUCACCAGCAAUUUCACCUGAUGAGAUGUAUGAUUUUGUGUUUGCUCCUGUUGAGGAGAUGGUGGGAGACCCUUCGUACUUGGUUGCCAUCAUUGUCGAGUUCCUCCGCAGUGCUAACUCAGAAAAGAUUAAAGUGCAUCCAAAUCUUUAUGUUUUGACCAUACAACUGCUAGCACGCAAUGAGAGAUACACAGAACUUGGACUGUUUGUCAUAAACAAGAUUGUUGAACCUUCUAAAGAAGUUGCAUUGCAACUCCUUGAGUCUGGUCAUCAGAAUAUCCAAACCGGGAAGCUGGGUCUGGAUAUGCUAAGGCAGCUUUCUUUGCAUCAUGACUAUGUGUUGUUUUUAGUGCAAGAUGGUUAUUAUCUUGAAGCUUUACGCUAUGCAAGGAAGUAUAAGGUCAAUACCGUCCAGCCUUCAUUGUUUCUUGAAGCGGCAUAUGCUUCCAAUGACUCUCAACAUCUAGCUGCAGUUCUGAGGUUCUUUUCAGAUUUUAUUCCCGGCUUCCAAAACACUUCAGAUCACAAUACCUAUUAUCGCAUUCUCAAUGAGAUGAGCUCGUCCAUUGCUGGUCAUUGUUUCUGAAGUGCUUUAUGUGCUGGGUAAGUGUUUAAGAACUCCUGACAGGAACAUCUCUGAUAUGUGAACUUCACAACUGUAGAAAAUAUGAAAAGCUACAAUUUGGUCAAGUAAGGUUUCUUUUUGAAAGACCCUCCCAUGAAAGUCACCAGGCCUGAAAACAUACAAGAUGGUUCGCUUUCAUGAGUGAUUUAACACUUACUAUUUU